AGCGACUUAGUUUAAUAAUCUACAUAUCUCUUUUUGUCAAAACUAGAACAAAAGGACGGGUAAUUGUUUGUUUGACUGUAUUUAAUAAUGGCUGCAGGCUGCAUAACUAUGCGUACUUACUUUGUUCUUGAGGUGUAAACUAAGAUGGCGAGCUCUUCUCCAGCUCACGUGAAGCCAUCCCCGUGAGUGUUAGAGCUUUUGAAGAAACCAAAGCAACCACGCCCCUAACUCUCUCUCUCUCUCUCUCUUAUUGGUUUCCCUCUACAGCCUUCAGCUGAUAAAUCUUUCUCCUUCCACUGCUUUGGUUCUUUCUGGGGGGGUUUUCAUUUCAGCUCUUCCCUUCCCCUGCUUCCUCCCAUUUCCCAUUUCUCAUCCUCCACCAUUGCUUCAUUUUGCGCUUUCUGUUUCUUUUCUGGGAGCGGUCUUAUCAUCAUUAUUAUUCAGUCAAACCCUUCAGUCUUUUGAUAAUGACUGCUGCAAUGGGCGGGAUUCUACCCAGAUUCACUGCCAUGAUUCGAGUUGAUAUUCUUCCCAUCAGAUCCAAACCCUUGCGGUCUUGAUUUCAGGCUCUCCCUCUCUCUCUCUCUGUGUGUUUCUGAUUUUCAGGGGUUUGGAAAAGGAAAGAGCAAACCAAGAAUGGAGAUUUGGGUUCACUGUUGCUGGAAAAGGAAACGGCUCUGUCUCUCUUUACCAAAACCAUCCCAUUGAUACUCUCUCCUCUACUCUUUUUCCCCCCUUGAUUCUUCAUUCCCUUUCCUUCCCAUCCCUUCUUUUCCAGACCCGAAAUGGAACCCCUGGUUUCGACCCGCUCACCACACUUCUUCUUCGCCCUCUUGUUCUCCGCCAUUGUCAUUUCCCCAGUCAGAUCAGGCGACGCGGAAGCCCUAUUAGCCCUGAAAUCCGCCGUCGAUCCUUCCAACUCCCUCCCCUGGCAGCCAUCAGCAAGCCGCAAUCUCUGCAGCUGGGAAGGGGUCAAGGAAUGCAUCAAUGGCAGGGUCACCAAGCUCGUGGUAGAGUACCGCAACUUGAGCGGCGUCCUCGACGCCAAAAUCUUGAACCAAUUGGACCAGCUCCGGGUUCUCAGCUUCAAGGCCAACUCCAUUUCAGGCCCGAUCCCCAGCCUCUCCGGCCUAGUCAACCUCAAGUCGUUGUUCCUCAACCAGAACAACUUCACCGGCGAGUUCCCUGAAUCGCUCACCGAUCUCCACCGCCUCAAGGUCGUCGUCCUGGCCAGAAACCGUCUCUCCGGACCGAUCCCCGACUCGCUCUUGAAGCUCAAUCGGCUGUACGUACUCUAUCUGGAGGAGAAUGACUUCUCCGGUUCGGUCCCCCGUCUCAAUCAAACCAGCCUCCGGUUCUUCAAUGUCUCUCGCAACCGACUCUCCGGCCCGAUUCCCGUCACGCCUGCUUUGGUCCGGUUCGAUGAGAAGUCGUUCUCCGGCAAUGCCGAUCUCUGCGGCGAACAGAUCGGGAAGCGCUGCUCGGAAUUGAGUCCUUCCCCGAGCCCUAGUUCCGCAGCUGGUUCAAAAUCAUCGCCGUCGAAGCGGCGGCGGAGCAAGCUGAUCAGGAUCAUUGCUCCAAGCGCGGCGGGAUUGGUGGUUUUGAUCCUGGCAGCGGCGGUGCUUGUUUUGUGUCUGGUUCGGCGGAAUGGGAAGGCGAAAGAGAAUGCGGAAGCGAAAGGCAGAGACAGCGGCGGGGGAAGCUUGGGCGGCGGCGGCGGCGGAGAGAGCGGGGGCCCCAGUGGUGGAAGGCAAGCUGGGUUUUCGUGGGAGAAAGGGGAGAGCAUGGGAACACUGGUGUUCCUUGGCGCAGGGGAUCAGGUGAUGAGUUACAGUUUGGAGGAUUUACUCAAGGCGUCGGCGGAGACGCUGGGGAGGGGCAGCGUGGGGAGCACGUACAAAGCAGUGAUGGAGUCCGGGUUCAUCGUGACCGUGAAGAGGCUGAAGGAUGCGAGGUAUCCGACGGCGGAGGAGUUCCGGAGAGAGAUGGAGGUGAUCGGACGGCUGAGGCACCCUAAUCUGGUUCCACUCAGAGCCUAUUUCCAGGCUAAAGAAGAGAGACUGCUCGUCUACGAUUAUUUCCCCAACGGCAGCCUUUUCUCUCUCCUCCACGGACCAAGAGCCUCAGGAGGAGGAGGGAAGCCAUUGCACUGGACAUCAUGCAUGAAGAUAGCAGAGGAUCUAGCAACGGGACUCCUCUACAUCCACCACAACUCACUAACCCACGGCAACCUCAAAUCCUCCAACGUCCUCCUCGGCCCGGACUUCGAAUCCUGCCUCACCGACUACUCCCUCGCCGCCUUCCAAGACCCAAACUCCCCCGACGAGCCCAGCGCCGCAGCUCUCUUCUACCUCGCCCCGGAGGUAAGGGACGCCCGCAAGCUCCCCACCGCCCAACCGGCCGACGUCUACAGCUUCGGCGUGCUGCUGCUGGAGCUCCUGACUGGGAAAACACCCUUCCAGGACCUGGUUAUGCAGCACGGCUCCGACAUUCCCACCUGGGUCCGCUCCGUCCGUGACGAAGAGACGGAUUCAGGGGACGACCCGGCUUCUUCCGGCAACGAAGGUGGCGCCGAGGAGAAGCUGCAGGCCCUGGUGGCCGUGGCGAUGGCGUGCGUCUCGAUUCGUCCGGAGGAUCGGCCGUCGAUGAGGGAGGUUCUGAAGAUGAUAAGGGACGCGAGGUCGUCGGAGGCGCAGGUGGUGUUGUCGUCCAAUAACAGCAGUGACCAUUCCCCUGGGAGGUGGUCGGACACCGUGCUGAGCUUGCCCAGAGAAGACCAUUUGAGCAUUUGAUUGGAGAGAAGAAGAUUUUAUUUGAAUUUUCUUUCUUUUCACCCCUUAUUCAAUCUUUGGUCCCACCCCACGGCUUGCAUUUUCUUUGUGCUUCAAUUGUGUAAUUUUUUUGGUUCCUUCCCCAUUUAUCUAAUUCUUCUUCCCAGCGGUAUUUAAGAG